UCAUAACCUUUUUGAGGUUAUGUUUUCCUCUCUUUUUUGAGAGCAUUUUGAGAGAAAAAGUGCUAAAAAGAAAACAAAUCCCUAGAAUUACUACAAUGGCACUCAGGUUUCUAAGGACAUCAGUGCUUGGGCAGCAUUUAAAAGUCUCCCUCAGUGCUGUACGGCAAGCAGCAACUUCACAGACCACCCCAGUGGAUCCAGAUGCCCCCAUUGAGAUUACAAAUCCCUUUGAGAAACCCCGACAGGAGUGUAUCCUCUGCCGAGCCAAUAUUGAACCAGAUUACAAGAAUGUGCGGCUCCUAUCGCAAUUUCAGAGCCCCUACACGGGUAGGAUCUACGGCCGGCACAUCACGGGACUCUGCAAAGGUAAGCAAGAAAAGCUGGAGCUGGAAAUUAUAAAAUCCCAAAAUUGCGGCUUGAUGCCAACGUACAAGAAGUCAAAUGAAUUUCUCAAGGAUCCACCCCUCUUUAAUCCAGAGCGCCCCAUUCGACCACAUAAAUACUAAAUAAAUCAUUAGAAACUCUUUUUAGUAGUAUAGAAAAAUGAAUAAAGAAUGUAAUAAUGUUUAUUCACUAUCGCAUAAAUACGUGCUAUUCCUCUAAA